AUGGAUCUUGCAGAUGAACUUUUACAUGAAGAUUUUGAUCAAAGUGAUGUAGAUGAAGUGGAUAAUUGUGAUAAAAAACAAAAUGAACAAGGACUUUCCUUUUCAAAUGGAGAAAUGACGUUAAAGACUCAUGAAAAUUUAAGUUCUACAAAUAUUACCAAAAGUUCUCGAAAAAAAGAUGAUUUGGCAAAAAAGUCAUCAUUAGGUCGUAUUCAAAGCAUAUUUGAGAUUGCAACACUUUUAAAGUCAGAUUGGAUGCAGGAUAUUCUUAAGAAAAUUGAUACAUAUAGUAAGAGUCAGAUAAGUUCAUUUCAAGGACAUAUUGAAGACAAUCCUGAAUAUCAGUUAAUUGUUGAUGCAAACAAUUUAGCAGUUGAAGUUGAUAAUGAAAUUAUUGCAAUUAAUAAAUUUAUCCGAGAUCAUUAUGCUUUACGAUUUCCUGAGCUUGAAUCUCUUGUUAUAAAUCCUUUAGACUAUGCAAAAACUGUUCGAAUUAUUGGCAAUCAAAUGGAUAUUACACAAGUCAAUUUGUCACACUUGCUCCCAUCUGCAACAGUUAUGGUUAUUACAGUGACAAAUGCUACAUCAGAGGGAGUGCCUUUGCCACCUGAGGAGCUCGAUGCUGUUUUUGAAGCAUGUGAUUUAACGUUAGAAUUAGAAGGAGCAAAAAAAAAGAUUCUUGAAUAUGUUCAAUCUAGAAUGAACUUAGUUGCUCCUAAUUUAUCGGCAAUUGUAGGGUCUACAACUGCAGCGAAGCUUAUGAGUAUAGCUGGUGGAUUAGCAGGUCUAGUUCGUAUGCCGGGCUGCAAUAUUUCAAGCCUUGGUGCAAAACGUCAAAGUCAAACAGGAUUUUCAACUGGGAUUGGCAUUCGACAUCAAGGAUUUCUUUUUCAUUCUGAAAUAUUACAAAAAAUUCCUUCUGAUUUGAGAAAACAAGCUUUACGUAUUAUCAGUGCAAAGAUUGCACUAGCUGCACGUGUAGAUAGAUUACAUCAUAGUCCUGACGGAUCUAUUGGCUUUUCUUUAAAAGAGCAAAUCGAAAAACGGUUAGACAAAUUAUCUCAACCAAAUCCAUCGAAAACUGUGAAAGCUUUGCCUGCACCAAAUGAUACAGUAAAGAAAAGACGUGGUGGAAGACGCAUACGCGCAAUGAAGGAACGUUACCAAAUGACAGAACUUCGUAAACAGCAAAAUAGACUUGCUUUUGGAAAACAAGAGUUAGAAGUAGGAAUCAAUGAUGAAAUGGAAGGUUUAGGCAUGAUUGGACAAGAGGGACAAUAUAGAAUUAGAGCGCCUGUUGUAGAUAGUCGUUCUAAAGCCAAAGUAGGCAAAGCAAUAAAGCAUCUAAUGCCACUUAGCCACAACAGUGGAACUGCAACGAGUGGAUUAGCAAGCAGUGUUGUUUUUGGUAGUAAUGUUGGUAUGCAGCUUAUCAACCCUGAAUUACUAUCAAAACCAGAAGCAACUGGUUCAAAUGAUUGGUUUAAGGGAGGGACGUUUACACAAAUCCAAAAACUUUAA